UUAUUUAAGGCUCCUAUAUAUCUCUCUCUAUAUGUAUAGAAUUACUACUAGGCUACUAGUACUCAUUCUGAUUUUGUGAAGAAGAGAAUGGCUUACUACAGUACAGUUCUCUUAUUGUUAUACCUCUCUUGGGUUCUCUCUUUUUCUCUUGUGUGUUCCCAGAAUGAUUUGCCCGUAAAAGCUGCAAGUAUUGGGAACUGGCUUCUCAUAGAGGGAUGGAUGAAACCUUCUCUCUUUGAUGGAAUUCCCAACAAGGAUCUUUUGGAUGGAACACAAGUGCAAUUUAUGUCCACACAGCAAAAAAAGUAUCUAUCUGCAGAAAAUGGAGGUGGGAAAAACUUGAUUAUCAACGGCAGCUCAGCAUCUAGUUCAGAAACUUUCAGGUUGUGGAGAAUCAAUGAGACAUUUUUCAACUUGAGAGUGUCCAAUAAGCAGUUUGUUGGAUUGGAAAAUGAAGGCCAGGGAAGCAAACUAGUAGCAGUUUCAACAUCACCAAAGUCUUCAGAGAUAUUUCAGAUAAUAAGGAAAGAAGAUGAUAAAAAUCGAGUUCACCUCCAAGCAUCGAAUGGGCAAUUUCUACAGGUGAAAUCAGAUGCAGACAUUACUGCAGAUGGCAAUGGCUCAAGUUGGGAUGAUGAUGAUCCAUCUGUCUUCACCAUGAUAAUUGGCAGUGGCUUACAAGGUGAAUACCAACUUACAAAUGGUUAUGGCCCAGAUAAAGCUCCUCAAAUCAUGAAGGAUCAUUGGAACACUUACAUCACCGAGGAGGAUUUCAAUUUCAUGUCACAAAAUGGCAUCAAUGCUGUUAGAAUCCCAAUUGGGUGGUGGAUUAUGUACGAUCCAAAUCCUCCAAAGCCUUUUGUUGGAGGCUCAUUGGAGGCGUUGGACAAUGCUUUCAAAUGGAGUGAGAAAUACAAGUUAAAGGUGAUUGUGGAUUUGCAUGGGCUGCGAGUUUCCCAAAAUGGUUUUGCUCACAGCGCAUCAAGAGAUGGCUUUCAAGAAUGGGGUAGCUCCGACAUACAGGAGACUGUGGAUAUCAUAGAUUUUCUUGCUAAAAGAUAUGCUAACCAACCAAGUCUUCUGGCUAUUGAGUUGAUGAAUGAGCCCCGUUCACCUGGUAUCAAUUUGGAUGACCUUAAGAAAUUUUACAAAGAUGGUUAUGAUGCUGUCAGGAAAUACACCAAAGAUGGUUAUGUGAUCUUUUCUAAUCGCUUGGGAGGUGACUUAAAGGAGCUGAUCUCAUUUUCAAACAGCUUCAGUCUUGUAGUCAUUGACAUCCAUAUGUACAACCUCUUCUGGAUGGGAUUCGACAACAUGACUGUGCAGCAAAACAUUGAUUACAUUUAUAAUAGUCGAGGUUCAGAUAUCAAAUCUGUCUCCGACCAGGGCCCUCUAGUCUUUAUUGGUGAAUGGACAAGUGAAUGGGAUGUAAAGAAUGCAUCAAAAGAGGAUUACCAGAAAUUUGCUAAGGCAGAACUAGAAGUGUAUGGGCGAGCCAGUUUUGGAUGGGCAUAUUGGGCGUAUAAGUGUGACCAAAUUCACUGGAGUCUCAAAUGGAUGAUUGAGAACCGUUUUAUAAUGCUAUAGCUAGAUCCUUCCUUAGCCACACAUCAAAGAAGGCUGAAUUUUUUGAGUCUUGAUGUGCACUUGACAUCUUUUUUAGUUACAUGCAUAAUUUUAAUUGUUAGUUAAUAGUUUCUGUUUAUUGAUUAUUA